AUGGCAUUCGCUCUCAAGUUCGACAUUCCGCUUUCUGUCCGCUCGUUCGCUCCGUUUCCCAAACUCCCCACCGAGAUUCGACAGCAAAUUUGGGAGGAUGCCAUCUUUGAGCCUGGAAUGCAAUACCUCCGCAUCGAUACGAAAGCCCGCUCUUUUGUAUCCCACGGGUCCGUAGCCCUUGGCCCCCCGGAUAGCGAAGACGAGGAUGACGACGUUCUACCCGACUUUUCCCAGGAGAGACGCCAUGGCCCCCUUGUACCAGCAACGUUGAAGCCUCGAUUCGCGGCGCCUCGAGCCAACCUGUCCAACCACGUCUCCAUCAACCAAAUCAUGGCCACUCUUUCUGUCACCUGCUCCGAGGCAAGGUCCGUGGUUCAGCGUCUGGCCAGCCAUCCAAGAACUCUGAAGCUUGAUGACGGCCGUGUGGUAUCUCUGGGUGCCGCAGACGAUGUCGUUUUGUUGGAAUACAUUCCGUUGAAGUCAAUGGGAGCCGGCUGUCGCUUGGCUCUGAAUAUCAGCUGCGACCAGCUCGCCAACAUUCGUCGAGUCGCCGUCCAGUACUGUCCUCAGUGGGAAGGCGCGACAUCAGGCUACUACUGUCGACUAUGCGGGGAACAUCACUUUGGCAGCCGUAAGAGAACGUAUCCCCUUCACCUGUACGAAUUCCUGGCUCGUCACCUUCCAAAUCUCGAGGCUUUCUACUUCGUUGACUACAUGAUCCUGCGGAAACCUCGACCGGAGGACGAUGACGACUUCGAUAUCCCCAUGGCUGAUUGCGACGACCCUCAACCGUGCCCGCGCGAGGGUGCCAGCAAAAGCAGAUUGAAGGCUGUUGAUGAUAGGUCACCUCGAAGGUACAAGAGCGCGCGUCACCUGUUUGAGGAAGUGGACGAGGAUGAAUGGGUUGUCAGGGAUAAGGUUCUCGAUACGCUGUCCUGGGUCCCAAGGUCCGCUUCGGUGUCUUAG